AUGAGUAGCCCCAAGCGGAGAAUCGAGACGGAUGAUGUAUGUGGAAUCGCCACCAAGACGACGCUGAACCGUGCUGAUGCGCGCAGGCUGAUGAGCGACUAUGAAGUCACUCUGGUCAAUGAUAACAUGUUCGUUUGCACGGAACCCGGAGCGACGCAAAACGAUGCGCAGCAGACUGACGGAAUCGCAGGCAAGAGUUCUACGUGCGCUCCUUUCGCCGGCGGUCUGUGGAAGAUCCAUGUCGAGCUCCCCGAUCAGUAUCCGUACAAGAGCCCCAGCAUCGGCUUUGUGAACCGCAUCUUCCACCCCAACAUCGACGAAUUGUCCGGCUCCGUUUGCUUGGACGUCAUCAACCAGACGUGGUCGCCCAUGUACGACAUGAUCAACAUCUUCGAGGUCUUCCUCCCCCAGCUCCUGCGCUACCCGAACCCCACCGAUCCGCUGAAUGGCGAGGCGGCUGCUCUGCUUAUGCGCGAGCCGAAGAGCUACGAUGCUAAAGUCAGGGAAUACGUCAACAAGUUCGCUUCCAAAGAAGCCGCAGACGAGGGCGACGAAGACAGCGAUGAGGAGGAAGAGAUGAGCUCGGUUGGCAGCUACGAGUCGGGUGAUGACGAGGAGCCGGCUGGCAACAUGGAGGAGAUUUGA